AGUUUCCGUAUCCCUAACCUCACAUUUUUCGUUUACAAUGGCAGACAACGAAAAUGGUAGUUCUAGCAGCCAACCCAACUCACUUCUCUUAAAACCAACAAAUUUAGAAUGUAAAAACUUGUACGAUUAUUUAAAAACACGCUCAUCGUCAACAUUAGAAAAACUCUACAAUCAUCCAACGAUUUGUUUGGCCGUUUACAGAGAAUUGCCUGAAUUAGCACGUCAAUAUGUGAUUCGUAUUUUGUUUGUUGAACAACCGGUGCCUCAAGCAGUUGUGGCGUCAUGGGGGUCUCAAGCUUUCUCCAAAGAACACAUUUACGUGAGCAAAGUUUUGAGUGAGUUGUCGGUAUGGCAAGAAGCUGCGAUCCCAGGGGGGCUUCUGGGGUGGAUUCUCUCAGUCACGUUUAAGAAGAAUUUGAAAAUAGCGUUAUUAGGGGGUGGGAAACCUUGGAGUAUGUCUUCGGCUUUGGAAGUUGAUAGUAAAGCACGAGAUGUGUCUUUUUUGGACGCUUAUUCUCUGGAAAGAUGGGAAUGUGUGUUGCAUUAUAUGGUGGGGUCACAACAACAAGAAGGAAUCUCUGCAGAUGCUGUCCGAAUUUUAUUACAUGCUGGUUUAAUGAAACGAGAUGAGGAAGAUGGCAGUCCUGUUAUAACACGUCAAGGUUUUCAAUUUUUACUUUUAGAUAGACAAGCACAAGUUUGGCAUUUUUUACUCCAAUAUCUUGAUACUGUUGAACAAAGAGGAUUAAGUCUAGUCGAAUGUUUAACGUUUUUGUUUCAACUUUCAUUUAGUACACUUGGAAAAGAUUAUAGCACUGAAGGUAUGAGUUCUGGUCUUUUAAUUUUUCUACAACAUUUGAGAGAAUUCGGGUUAGUGUAUCAACGAAAACGCAAAGCUGGCCGUUUUUAUCCCACUAGAUUAGCGUUAAAUAUUACAUGUAGUCAAGGUCCUGAAAUGCGAAUUUUGGAAGAAGACACACCGAAAGGUUACAUUAUUGUGGAAACAAAUUACCGAGUUUAUGCUUACACUGAUUCCAAUCUUCAAGUUGCUUUAAUUGGUCUUUUCACCGAGUUGAUGUAUAGGUUUCCAAACCUUGUAGUCGGUGUAAUAACACGUGAUUCUAUAAGACAAGCCCUGAAGGGGGGAAUCACAGCCGAUCAAGUUAUAGGAUACCUCAAACAACAUGCACAUCCUCAAAUGUUACAAGGGGAAGCAAAACAUCCUCUACCGCCAACCGUUGUUGAUCAAAUUAAAUUAUGGGAAAUUGAACGGAAUAGAUUAACGUAUUCAGAAGGCGUUUUAUAUAGUCAAUUUUUAUCACAGGCCGAUUUUAAUAUACUCAAAGAGUAUGCUCAAUCUAAUGGCCAUUUAAUUUGGUGUAACAAAGAAAAACGAACUUUAAUCAUUAAUAAGUCGGCACAUGAUGAUGUUAAAAAAUUCUGGAAGAGAUAUUCGAAAGGGAAUUGAGUUUGAUUCUAAUAAAACUUUUUUACUAA